UCUGAUUAACCUCUACACUGAACCGGAUGAAGGGAUGGCCGCGCGGCAUUAUGGGAGAGACGGUCUCUUUCGUUGGAAGUUGCCAACAUGGCACGAGGACCCAAGAAGCAUUUGAAGCGCCUUGCGGCACCCAAGCAUUGGAUGCUGGAUAAGCUGACUGGUGUCUUUGCUCCCAGACCCUCGACCGGCCCCCACAAGCUGCGGGAAUGCAUGCCCCUGAUCGUCUUCUUGAGGAACCGUCUGAAGUACGCCCUGACCUAUGACGAGACCAAGAAGGUGACCAUGCAGAGACUGAUCAAGGUGGACGGCAAGGUGCGAACCGACAUCACCUACCCAGCUGGAUACAUGGAUGUGAUCUCUAUUGAGAAGACUGACGAGAACUUCCGUCUGAUCUACGACAUCAAGGGACGCUUUGCUGUUCACCGCAUUGGCAGUGAUGAAGCCAAGUACAAGCUGUGCAAGGUGCGCAAGGUCUGGACUGGUCCCAAGGGUAUCCCCUACCUCAGCACCCACGAUGCACGCACCAUCCGGUACCCAGACCCCCUCGUCAACGUCAACGACUCUGUCAAGGUGGACAUUGCCACGGGACGCAUCACAGACUACAUCAAGUUUGACAGUGGCAAUCUGUGCAUGAUCACUGGGGGUCGUAACUUGGGACGUGUUGGGCUUGUCAUGCACCGUGAGCGUCAUCCGGGAUCCUUCGACAUCGUUCACGUUAAGGACUCUGCUGGCCACUCAUUUGCCACCCGUCUGUCCAAUGUGUUCAUCAUCGGCAAGGGCAACAAGUCGCUGGUGUCGCUGCCCAAGGGCAAGGGAAUCCGCCUCACUAUCGCCGAGGAACGCGACAAGAGAAUCGCACAGCGCAACUAGGUUCACAAAACACCGGAAUGAAAAACUCCGAGAAUUUCUCGCAGUGCACAACCCCGCCACUGAUCUUAAUGCCAUUCCAAAGAAGUCUUUAGCAGAAAAAAAGCGAAAAGUUAUUGCAGUAUCGGGGUUUAAACGUUUAGGAAGAUUACAAAAUUCUCUAAAUCACUUCUUUGGGUUGGGGUUAUUUUCUGUUGAGUAAUUGGAUCAGUCCCUUUGAAUUCCAUACAAGUGUUUCUGGGAAUCAGCCCAAAAAAAUUUGAAUUUUUGAAAAGAAAAUGGAUCCUCCAACGAGUGUAAACAUUAAAGCUAUUACAGUUAUAUGAAACAACUGAAA